AUGAGGGUGCUGCUUCACGGCAUUGGCAAGUGGGCAGAAGGGCAGAAGUUCCACGCAGACAUCAUGGACGUUUCCCGUGGAAGUGUGAAGGUGCGCUUCACUGACGGUUCUUUCAAGCGGUACACCACAGACGAGUUCAAGACAGCGCUGUCCAACUCUGCGGCUGACAAGGCCCAGGUAGCCAAAGAGCUGCCUUAUAGGAAGAUGACACCAGUCAUCGCAAAGUCAUUCAUCUGCAUUUUCAUCUUCAACCUCCUGUCUCUUCGUGACCCCAGGGGAUGGAAGGUGGGUCUCGUCAGCUGCUACACGGGUCCAUCCAUGAAGAUCUUCUCCUACAUCGGCCUCCUGUACGCCGUUGGAGAUUGGUUGGAGAUGAAAUCAAUGGGCUCUAUGGACGGAGCUGCUUACCAGGUUCUCCUUCAGUCAAAGCUGAUUAUCACAGCGCUGAUUCUUUGGGCAAUCAAAGGUGACAAGGCAAGGCAGUCAAAAACGCAGUGGUCCACACUGACGACGCUGACGAUUGGCAUGAUCAUCUUCAUGGUUGCGGAAUCGAGCUCAUCAGCAGGCGGCCCCAAGAAGAGUCAAUCUGGUGGUUUUCUUGGAACGUUCUUCGUGUUGAUGAAGGUCCUCAUCUCCUGUUAUGGAGCAGUUGUUACUGACAAGGAGUUGAAGCAGUACAAGGACUUGCCACUGUAUGUGCAGUUGAACCAGAUGUUCUUCUCCUGGGGUGUUUUCUCCUUGAUCUUGGCGGCUAUGUUUGAGCCGAAGGUUCUGGUCUCUUCCUCUGCAUUCUUCCACGGAUGGAAUUCAGCGACAUGGCUGGUUGUUCUGUCUUUCUCGGUGAAGACUGUGCUAACCAUGACGCUCCUCAAGGUUCUGGACUCCAUCAUGAAGACCAUUGGUGAAGCAGUUGCAGUUCUUGUUAUCUACGCUUUUCAAGUGUUUUUGCCUUUCUUUGGCAAGGAGUUCGAGAUCCAAACCUUCCUGGCUAUGCUAGCAGUCGUCAUGACAGUGACCACGUACAUGUUCCUGAAGGAAGACAAGCCCAAGGAGUCGGAGCCGGCCAAGGACCUGGGUACCUUACAUGGAUGGAAAGGUGACAGUAAUUAUAUUACUUGGUAA